AUGCCUCGUGUGGUGCCACACCUUGGCAAAGACGUGAACUUCGAGGCCUUCUCUUCGGCCUUUGCGGAGCGUCAGGUUGUGUUUGUGCGUUCUGCAGAGCGGCAGGCAAGGAAGCCCGGGACAAGGCGACGGCGCAUCGGACUAUCUCUGCUGCGGCAACUGUACUCGGCCUAUCCUGCCGUGCUGCGCAGAGCAUUCAACCUGGAGAGCAGCGUUUCUCUACCCGCUUCUGCUCCAAAGGCGUUGGACCGGCUUCUGGGUUCCAGGAGAACGCCGCCAGGCUCCUGGUAUGCAUCAUUCGUCUUGCAGCGCAGCCGAAAGGCGCUCUCCGAGUUCCUCGUGCAGACCAUCCCUGCGGGAGCCCCAAAAUUCCUGGUGGAGAGGUCCCCGAGAAAUGGCAGUGCUGCCAUCAAAUUGCCGAAGCACUCCAAUGCAGCGUGGGUGUUCUUCGGCAGGAACCCCGGCAGUCGAAUACUGCGUGGCCGUCCCGAGCAUACGGAUGCCAUCCAGCACAGCGGAACCUGGCAUGUGCAGCUGAAGGGCGAGAAGGCACCGCGGGAUGGGCUUGCUACGUCAGGAGGGCCUGCGCAGGUAUGGACACUCAAGCCAACUGACGAGCUGCGGCGGAAGGUCCCCUCCCUAAAGAAGGCGGGACGUGUGCGAGUCCGCUGCAUGGAAGGUGAUGUCCUCUGCAUCAACACCAGGCUUUGGUGGCACAGCACGCACAUCCCGGCACGCUGCAAGCUCUCCCUGAGUGUUGCUCGUGACAUGUACCUAGAUGGCACCCGUCCCGGAGCCUGCGACAUGACCAAUGUGGAUGGUCACUAUGCCUUGAAGCCUAUUCAGAAAGGUGCCGUCAUCUUCACCGAGGACACCGCGCCACAGCUUGAGCUCCCAAGGAGCUCUGCUUCGAACUGCGAGCUGCGGGAGAGUCAGCGAGGAAGUCUGGUGGUGGUGGCCAAGCGGGCCAUCAAGAAAGGAGAGUGGUUUGCGCUCAGCGACAGCGAUGUCGAGAGCGCUCAGGCAGAGGAGCCCAGAGGAACCAAGCGCAGGCGCUGA